CACAUCCAUUAACAAGUGGUCUCAUGCUCCAACUGGCCUGUUCAUAAACAGUUUUUUUGAAUAAAAGCCUGUAGAUGUUUUGACAUGUGGUUAAUUAUAGUAUAAGUGAUAACAUGUAAUUAGGAAUCUCAAAAUUCGUUGUUGGUGUAUAAUUUGCUCGUCGGUUUUAGAGCUAUUUAUACGACAGUCAAACCUAUACGCAACAACGACUAAAGUAUCGACAAUAUUCGAACAAUCUAAGAAAGACGAAAACACGAUGCCGCCGAAUAAGCUAAAACUGGCUUCUAAAGUGAAGAAGCUGUCAACGUCAUUAAAAAUAGAUCAAAUAGCGACAGGUGUCAAUGCAGACAUCAACGGAAAAUCUCUGCCCUUAGAGACUCUGGAGGCGGUAUCAAAAAAAAACGCGACAAUGGAAAAAGCGAUCACCAAGUCGAAAGCUAACCUGAGGAAUCUGAGACCAAGAACUGCUGUUGACAACAGAGAUGAGGAACCAGAAGAACCAAAGAAAGAGUCAAAACUGGAUAAGAGUGGAAAAAAACGUAAAUUGAAGAAUGUUGUCGAUCUUGAAAUGAUGAAGGAGGAGUUGAAACAGCUAGAAGAUCCUCCAAAUACCAUAGAGGAAAAACGUCUGUGUGAAAAUAGACUGGGUUAUGAAUUUUUCGAUGUUCCUGCCGAAGAGCUAGCCAAAAAAUUGCUGGGCAAAAUAUUGGUUCGUAAAUUGGAUAAUGGGACUUUGCUGAAGGGAAAGAUAGUCGAGACAGAAUCAUACCUUGGCGGAGAAGAUAGAGCCUCUGCUUCUUACCAGUACAGAGUUUCUGCUGCAAAUAUUGCUACCUAUAUGCCUCCUGGAACAAUAUAUAUCUACUUGACCUAUGGGAUGUAUCACUGCCUCAGCAUAUCUUCAAAAGGUGAAGGGAGUGUUGCUCUUAUAAGAGCGCUCUCACCAAUCGAAGGUGCAGAUCUAAUGGCAGAAUUUCGAAAUGCAAAAUUAAAAAAUACAAAGACUUAUAAGCUUCACGAGCUGAGCAAUGGACCCUCAAAGUUCUGUAUAGCAUUUGGCCUAACUAGAGAUCACAACAAAUAUUCCGUCUGUGAUUGGAGGGGAAUGUGGGUUGAAGACAAUCCAGAAAAUGAAAAUAUUCAAAUAGUUUCAUGCCCUCGUAUCGGCAUUGAUGGUUCUGGCCCUGAGUGGGCACUAAAACCCAUGCGAUAUUACAUCCUUGGUGAAAAAUCUGUCAGUAAAUCAAAUAAAAAUGCCGAAGCAGCGUUUGCUGAGCAAGGCUAAAUAGUCUGAAGGUGAAAUAUUAUUCUUUCAUUUUUGAAUGGGAAGAUAGAGAGGUAGUUGAACAAGAAUAAAUGUGGUCUAUUUUCAGUCAUAUAUUCAAUUCUAAUAUACAACACGUACAAUCAACAAGGAUCUAUUUUAUUACACUCAAG